AUGGCCUCGUCUUCAUACGACUAUAUAAUUGUCGGAGGCGGCCUUGCCGGGCUCGUCCUGGCAUCUCGUCUCUCCAAACUCCUCCCGCCGUCUGACACCAAGCAGGUGCUCGUUCUCGAAGCGGGCACAGACCCUUCUACAACCGACUACAUCCUCACAAGCCAAGGCGCGCAUCAAGCCUGGACAUCUCCACACUCGUAUCAGCUCCCGAUCUCGCCCAAUCGGCACCUCAAUGGACGUAGCACGACUGUGCCGGUCGGCAAAGCAUUAGGUGGGAGUGCGGCGAUCAACGGUGGUGCGUGGACCAGGGGACCGAAAAGCGACUACGACCUGUGGGCCAAGUUGGUGGGCGACGAGAGCUGGGGAUAUGAUGCAUUGGUGCCCUAUCUGAGGAGGGUCGAAAGUAUGGCUUUGGUGGAGGGGAUGGAAAAGGAUGAGACCCAGCAUGGAUACGACGGCCCCUUGAAAGUCACACCAAUUCGAUCGCAGUGGCCAGCGAGGAAGUAUCCACUCAGGGAGUCCGUGCAGAAGAUGUGGGAGGAAGUCGGAGUCAAGUACAUCCCUGACGGGAAUGCGGGGGAUCAGAAUGGACUGGUCGAAUUCGUCGAGGCCUGGGUCAAGAGCGCCAGACAGCUGCCGAACAAGAUCCUGGAUUUGGCAAAGGUGGAUAUUCGGACUGGGAGUACGGUGCAGCGCGUCACUUUCGCCAAAGUCGAAGGACAAGGACAGGACCAGCCCGCUGCCAACGGUGUCGACCUUGUCGGCGGUGAACAUGUCGUGGCGAACAAGGAGGUAAUUGUCUGUACUGGGACGUAUCAUACCCCCCAAGUCCUCAUGCUCUCUGGAAUAGGCGACCCUGCUGAAUUGACAAAACACGGUAUCGAAACUAUCGCUGCCAACCCCGAGGUGGGAAAAAGCCUCAAAGAUCACUUCGCACUGGGGAUGGCCUGGAAACUGAAACAUCCAGAAAAAGGUCUGGCCAUCGGAUCGCCGCUGUUCACCGACCCUUCCUAUUUCUCCGGCUGGCCGAUGGAUUUUAUCGAGUUCGGGCCUUUGGAGGAACUGUCAAAGCUGGAGCCUCUGGUCAAGAGUCAGGAAGACAGAGAUUUGGUGCUCCGGCCGGACGCUUCGCAUAUGGAGAUUGUGACCCUGUACGCGGGCAUGGGCAAGGGGUUCACGGGCAUUGACACUCCAAUGGACGGGAGCUACAUUACCACCAUCGCUUGCUAUCUGACGCCCACAUCCAAGGGAUCCGUCACCCUGCAAUCGGCUAGCAUCGAGGAUCCCCCGGUCAUUGAUGUGAAUUUCUUUGAUACCGAAGCCGACAAGGUUGGUUUCCGACAGGCACUUCGGAAAGCAGCAUCCGUCCAUCUUGAAACCGAGGCCGGGAGAUCCUUUGUCUCGCAUGAAGUUCCCCCAGAGGGAUACGCGUGUAUCACCAAGGACACGACGGACGAGGAGCUUGAUAAGCGCAUUGCCGACCUUGGAUAUACCUUCCAUCAUCCGAUGGGCAGUUGUGCAAUGGGAAAAGUUGUGGACAGUCAUUGUCGCGUGAUAGGUAUCAGGUGCUUGAGGAUAGUCGAUGCCAGUGUCUUCCCGGUCCCCAUGGCAUGUCAUCCUCAGGCGGUGGUCUAUGCGACGGCCGAGAGGGCCGCGGAGUGGAUUGGUCGCGGGGACUAA